AUGGCCUCCAGCCGGAACUGGGCCAUCCAGCUUGUGGCAGCCACCUCACCGCAACAGGGGACGGGAAGGGAAGAAACCACGGUGGGGGAGUGUGGGGGAGAUGGGAGGAUCCCCCCCCCCGGCUUCCCAGCUUUCUCCCACAACCCCAUGAGAAGCAGUGAGCAGCGUCAGGUUACGCAGGGGAAACUGCAGGCACAGGGGGACAAAAACAUCCCCAAAAAGACUCCACACGGGGGGGAGAAACCCUACCGAUGCGGCGAGAGCGGGAAAAGCUUCACCCACAGCUCAGAACUUACCACGCACCUGAGAAUCCACACCGGGGAGAAGCACUAUCGGGUGCCGCGACGAACGUUAUCGGGAAGAUCCAAAGGGAAUGUUUAUGGGAGUUGUGCACUCCCAGAAAAAGCAAAAGCCUGUGAGAUUCAGCAGAGGCCAGAGGAAAACUUCAGUAGCCACUCAGACCUUAUAACCCGCAACAGAAUCCACUUGGAAGGGAAAUGCUACACAUGCCAUGAGUGUGGGAAAAGCUUCAGUCGGAGCUCAGACCUUCUCGUACAUCAUAGAAUCCACACAGGAGAGACGCCCUACACAUGCGCUGAGUGCGGGAAAAGCUUCAGUCGGCAUUCAAACCUUAUCACACAUCGUAGAACCCACACAGGAGAGAUGACCUACACAUGUGCUGAGUGCGGGAAAAGCUUUAAUCACAGCUCUACCCUGAGCGCACACAGCAGAAUCCACACGGGUCAGAAACCUUAUGGAUGCUCUGAGUGCGGGAAAAGCUUUAAUCGGAGCUCUGCCCUGAGCACACAUAGGAGAAUCCACACGGGUGAGAAACCUUAUGGAUGCUCUGAGUGCGGGGAAAGCUUCGGUCAGC